AUGACGCUAAAAGGUGGUGACGUCGCGCAGCACAACAGUGCCGACUCGUGCUGGGUCAUUGUCCAUGGAAAAGCAUAUGAUGUGACCGAGUUCUUGCCAGAACACCCCGGCGGCUCCAAAAUCAUUCUCAAAUACGCUGGCAAAGAUGCGACGGAAGAAUUCGAGCCCAUCCAUCCCCCCGACACCCUCGACAAGUACCUCGACCACGCCAAGCACCUCGGCCCCGUCGACAUGAGCACCGUCGAGCAGGCGGCCAACAAGGACGACGACCCCGAGGAGAUUGAGCGCAAGGCGCGCGAUGAGCUCAAGCCCCUGCUGUCGCAAUGCUACAACCUGCUCGACUUUGAGGCCGUCGCCCGUCGGGUCAUGAAGAAGACGGCCUGGGGCUACUACUCGAGCGCCUCCGACGACGAAAUCACGCUCCGAGAAAACCACGGCGCCUUUCACCGCAUCUGGUUCCGCCCGCAGGUCCUCGUCGACGUCGAGCACAUUGACUUUUCCACCACCAUGCUCGGCGGCAAGACGUCGGUGCCGUUCUACAUCUCGGCCACGGCGCUCGGCAAGCUGGGCCACCCGGAGGGCGAGGUGGUGCUGACGCGCGCCGCGCAGACGCACGACGUGAUCCAGAUGAUCCCGACGCUGGCGUCGUGCUCUUUUGACGAGAUUGUCGACGCGCGCCGCGGCGACCAGGUGCAGUGGCUGCAGCUCUACGUCAACAAGGACCGCGAGAUUACGCGCAAGAUUGUGCAGCACGCCGAGGAGCGCGGCUGCAAGGGGCUCUUCAUCACCGUCGACGCGCCGAUGCUGGGCCGCCGCGAAAAGGACAUGCGCAGCAAGUUUGAGGAGCAGGGCUCCAGCGUGCAGGCGGGCUCCAAGACGGACACGAGCCAGGGCGCCGCCCGCGCCAUCUCCUCCUUCAUCGACCCCUCGCUGAGCUGGAAGGACAUUCCCUGGUUCCAGAGCAUCACCAAGAUGCCCAUCGUCCUCAAGGGCGUGCAGCGCGUCGAGGACGUGCUCCGCGCCGCGCAGCUCGGCGUCGCCGGCGUCGUCGUCUCCAACCACGGCGGCCGCCAGCUCGACUUUGCGCCCUCGGGCGUCGAGGUGCUCGCCGAGGCCAUGCCCGCGCUGCGCCGGCACGGCCUCGCCGACAAGCUCGAGGUGUUUGUCGACGGCGGCGUGCGCCGCGCGGGCGACAUCCUCAAGUGCCUGUGCCUGGGCGCCAAGGGCGUCGGCAUCGGCCGCCCGUUCCUCUACGCCAUGAGCGGCUACGGCCAGGACGGCGUCGAGCGCGCCAUGGCCCUGCUCAAGGACGAGCUCGAGAUGAACAUGCGCCUCAUCGGCGCGGCGUCGGUCAAGGACCUCCACCCGAGCAUGGUCGACACGCGCAGCCUGUUUGCGCACACGGCGACGCCGACCGACAGCUUGUCGCGCACCGUGUACGACCCGCUGAUUUCGCCGCCGCAGCGACCAAAGCCGAAGCUGUAA